AUGGAGGAGGACUCAUCCAAAGGCUGUGUUGCCUGUGGUUGGACGCUGGAACAGCAAGAGCAAUGCUCGUAUUCCAGCCAUGUCAAACUCUUCUAUGGUGCGAGCCGACGCGGCGUCUGGUCAAUCGGGUCAGAUGUGAUCCUCAAAGAGCGUCCUAAUGAAGGCCCCAAAAACGAAGCAAAAACGCUGGAAUAUCUUUCGAACCACCCUGAUAUCCCAGCUCCAAAGCUUAUACGCGACUGGGUCGAUAACGACGGACGAUAUUUUGUGCUCCAAGAACGCAUAAAGGGACAGACUCUCGAACAGGCAUGGCCUGCACUAUCACAGUCCCAGAAGACAGCUAUCGCAGACCAGAUUGUCCAAGUCCGCCAGAAACUACGGUCCUCUCGUCAAAGGCUACUCUUUACUGACCGUGCGCCCCACGGACCGUUUGGCUCUGACCUCGAACUGUGGAAUGCGAUCAGCCUUAUGCUUCAUAACCCGCUAGCAAGGUCUUUUCCUCGUCGAGCGUUGGAGAAUUUGAAGAAGCACAUGCCUAAAUGUGAACCCUACGUUCUUACUCACUGUGAUCUUAACUUGGGCAACCUUAUCGUUCGAGAAGGGGCGUUGGUCGGCAUACUUGACUGGGAAUUUGCCGCCUACUACCCUAUAUGGUAUGAAUACGUCUCGGCUUCUUGGGGAUGGACUGAAGAGGAAGCUGAGUGGAAGAACUUAUUACAAGAACGUAUGGGGGCACAUGGCGACGGACAUGGGGACGCAAAGGCCUUUUGGAUGGAACUUCGUCAGUUGCGAAAGUACCCGGACUUGGAUGAAAAGGGUCAACGAGUCUUAAUCGACCUGUUGGAAUAG